AGGAUUGAGAGGCGGAGCGCCGGUCGGUGAUGCAGGUCAGACGGGACGGGAAGCAGCAGCAGACGCCACUCGCCAGCAGACUUUUGCAGUAGCCGGCAUCGACAGCUCAGUUUUCACACGUAUUCCUGACCCUUUCCUGCAUCAUGUCUCUAGAGGAGAAAUUUAACGAAGCUGCUGAGAAGGUGAAGAAACUUAAAACCCAACCAAAUGAUGAGGAGUUGAAGGAAUUGUAUGGCCUCUACAAACAGGCAACAGUUGGAGACAUCAACACUGAGAGGCCUGGUAUGCUGGACUUCAAAGGAAAGGCUAAGUGGGAUGCAUGGAACUCGAAGAAGGGCACAACCAAGGAGGCUGCUAUGGAGGCGUAUGUAGCCAAGGCUGAUGAACUCAUUACCAAAUAUGGCUUAGAGUAGAUUUUGCCUUCAACACAACUGUGAUCAAAUUUUAUAGCUAUCUUUAUUCUCUUUAUAAUAUUGCUAAACAAAUUGUGACAAAUAAUUGGUCCUUUUUUGUGAUACUGAAUAAAAUGUAUUAAAACUA